CCUCUCGCCUCCUCCGGGCUUCCGGCGUGGCUCCUGCGCGCCAGCAUGGACCGUAACCCGUCGCCUCCGCCUCCUAGCUGCGAUCAGGAGGACGAGGAGGACCUGGCCGGGGGAGACUGCAUUGGGAGCACGGUCUACAGCAAGCACUGGCUCUUCGGCGUCCUCAGCGGGCUCAUCCAGAUUGUCACACUUGAAAGUGACAAGUCCGGCUCAGAUGAUGAUGAGCAGCAGAUGGAGCUUGCUGAAGAAAUGGAGAAUGAAAUUUGCAGAGUCUGGGAUAUGUCCAUGGAUGAGGAUGUGGCUUUAUUUCUCCAAGAAUUUAAGGCUCCUGACAUAUUCAUGGGAGUGCUGGCCAAAUCCAGGUGCCCCCGAUUAAGAGAAAUCUGUGUGGGAAUUUUAGGGAAUAUGGCUUGUUUCCAGGAGAUAUGUGUGUCCAUCAGCAGCUGCGAGGAUCGUGGGCAGGUGAUUCUGCAGUGUUUGUGUGACUCGGACCCACCCACUCUGCUGGAGACCAGCAGGUUGUUGCUUACUUGCCUUUCCCAGACAGAAGUGGCCAGUGUCUGGGUUGAGAGGAUCCGGGAGCACCCAUCUAUUUAUGCUAGUGUUUGCUUCAUCAUGUCAAGUUCCACAAAUGUUGACUUGCUGGUGAAGGUGGGGGAGGUCGUGGACAAGCUCUUCGACCUGGACGAAAAGCUCAUGUUGGAGUGGAUUAGAAAUGGGACUGCCCGGCCUCGGGACCAACCCCGGGAGGACUCCGAAGAGCAGCCGGUGUUUUCCAUUGUCCCCUGUGUACUGGAAGCUGCCAAACAAGUACGUUCUGAAACCCUGGAAGGGCUGGAUGUUUACAUGCACGUCUUGCAGCUGCUUACCACAGUGGAUGAUGGAAUUCAGGCAAUCGUGCAGUGUCCUGAUACUGGAAAAGCCACGUGGAAUUUCCUUUUUGACCUGGUGUGCCGUGAGUUCUGCCAAGCGGGGGACCCGCCCAUCAUCCUGCAGGAGCAGAAGACGGUGCUGGCCUCUGUGCUCUCGGUGCUGUCCGCCCUCAGUGCUUCCCAGUCCGAGCAGGGGCACCUGGACAGAGAAGAAGUGGCUCUUCCCCUAAUUGACAGCCUAAUUCGGGUGUUACAAAAUAUGGAACAUUGUCAGAAGAAACCAGAGAACUCCACAGAGUCCGACACAGAGGAGCCCACAAACUGUGCCUCACCCCAAGAUGACUUCCAUAUGAAGAUCCUGAAGGACAUUUCAUGUGAAUUCCUUUCUAAUAUUCUUCAGGCGUUAACAAAGGAAACCGUGGCUCAGGGACUGAAGGAGGGCCAGUUUAGCAAACAGAAAUGUUCCUGUGUGUUUCAGAGUCUCCUGCCCCGCUACAGCCCAGUGGUGGAAGGCUUCAUUCAAGCUCUACGUGACGUUGAUAAGACUCUUGCUGAGGACCUGGAAGAAAGCUUUCCAAGUGGGAAGGCUCAGACCUAAGACCUAAGUUGGAGUUUCUGCUGUCCAAGGAAUAAACUAUGUUUUUUACGGUUUAAA